AUGGCGGACCUCGCACUUGGGGCUGCCAGAUCGGUGGUGAAGGGGACGCUGGCCAAGGUUCAGUCGGCGAUCGAAACGGAGAAGAAGCUGCGGCAGGUUGCGCAGAGUGACCUGGCGUUCAUUAACGAGGAGUUCCAGAUGGUGCAGUCCUUACUGGAAGUUGUGGACGAGAGGCGCGCCAAGAACAAGGUGGUGAAAACCUGGGUGGGGCAAGUCCGUGACCUGGCCUACGACGUUGAGGAUGGCAUGGAGUUUGUCGCCCAUCUGGACACCAAGCCCGACUGGUGGCACCGCUGGCUCCUGCCUUGCAUGGCUCGGCCCCUGGAUGAGGCGGUGGCCGAGUUGAAGCAGCUCAAGGCAAGGGUUGAGGCUGUGAGCAACAGGAACACUUGCUACAACCUUAUCGGUGAAUCAGGCUUCAAGCCCAUCACACAGCAGCAGCUGGUGCCCAGUGCUGUCAUGGGUGAAACAUCAUCCCUUGACAUGCUUACUGAAAUGAAGGCCAAUGCAAAAAUGCAUCAAGACUUUGGUGUUCUCACCCAGUUAAUCACAAAUGAAGGCAAUAAUAAUGCUCUUCGAGUGAUCUGGGUCUGGGGGACGGGUGAUGAUCUUGGUUUCAUGUCGAUCGUCAGGAAGGCCUACCAAGCUCCGGAUAUCUGCCAAAUCUUUCCAUGCCGUGGCUGGUUUAAGCUGACACAUCCUUUCAGUCCCCAUGAGGUCCUACGGAGCUUGAUGGCUCAGUUCUACACAAGCUCUUGCCUGCAAAAUGGAGACGCUGCAGACGUAGGUGAACUGGCGAGUAUGGAGGAGGCAGCAACGACGCAAGCCGGGCUCAUCAAUAAUUUCAUGAAGCAAGCAAAUGAGAAGAGGUACCUAGUCGUCCUGGAAAAUGUGUCCACCAUGGGACAGUGGGAUGCCAUCCGGACGUACCUACCGGAUAGCAACAAUGACAGCUUGGUCAUCAUGUGCACGCAACAAUGUGAAAUUGCAAACAUGUGCGUCGCAGAUUCAUACCGAGCGUUGGAGCUGAAGCACUACUCGGCAUGUGUUCUCUUCAAGGAGGCUCCUCAGUACAAUGAGGAUGAACGGAGAUACAAGGGUGACGGAGAGGAUGAAAUGAAACACGGAGGUGGCCUUAAGCACUUCCACAGAAUGCCCACACUUAGAAUUGAUGCUGCCCGUGGAUGGCUGGAGCAAUUUUCCCUUGUUGGACGUGAGUCACUGAGGAAUCAACUUGGUAACUUCGUGACCAAGGGAAGGUUUGGAGAUAAUGAAGAGCUCGUUCUUAACGUCAAAUGUCUAGAACGAGAUGCUGCCAUUGAUGUCUUCAAAAAAGAGGUGAACAACUUCGUUGGUGAGUACAUCUUCUCACAGCCAAUGGAAGAGAAGCUCGUGCUUCAACUGAAGGGCAGUUGCCCCCUAACCACUCAAAGCACAGGGCGUCACCUUGUCAUAGACAGAAGCUGGGACAGAGACAUGAUUGUCUUCAAGAACAUCAACUUCUCGAGGCUACGGUCCAUGACAGUGUUUGGGGAGUGGAGAUCAUUCUUCGUCUCUGGAACUGAAAGUAUGAAAGUGCUUCGGGUGCUUGAUCUGGAGGAUGUGACUGGUGUGACAGAUAAAGACCUCGAGCAGAUGGUGAAGCUGCUGCCUCGCCUCAAGUUCCUUUCCCUGCGGAAAUGCACAGACAUCCAUAAUCUGCCAAGCUCACUGGGUGUUCUGAGGCAGCUCGAGACUCUGGAUGUCAGACACACCUCCAUAGUCACCAUGCCAGUGACCAUCGCGAAGCUAAAGAAGCUGCAGUAUCUCCGCGCUGGAACAGUUAUGCCGACAGAGGAACGACAAACAGCAAGCAGUUCGUCCAGAUUGUCUGAAUUAAGAAGACGUCAACAAGUAGAAGGUGUUAAGGUGGCUACCGGGAUUGAGAAACUGACAGCAUUGCACACACUUGGCGUCGUGAACGUCGGUGAUGCAGGAGGGAAGGCCAUCCUGAAAGAACUAAGGAAGCUCACCCAAUUACGCAAGCUUGGAGUGUCCGGCGUCAACAAGAAAAAUAUCAAUGAGUUCUGUUCUGCCAUCUCAUGCCAUGUUCAUUUGGAAUCCCUUUCAGUGCGGCUGAGCAAGGAUUAUCAUGACCGUUUGAAUGACACCAAGUUAUCUCCAGAGAACCUUCAGAGCCUUACGCUGUUUGGGUUCGUCCAAGGGCUGCCUGCAUGGAUUGGAGGUCUUCACAAGCUCACAAAGUUGGAUUUGGAGAUAACCAUAUCAGCAAAAGUUGACAUACAUGGUGUCCUUGGGAGGAUAAUACAGCUAUGCAUUCUGCGUCUCCAUGUCAAGUUGCUUAACGAUGAUGACAAUGUGCGGCUUGAUUUUCGUGUAGAGAUGAAUCAAGUAGAGGCCCGCUGUUAUAUGAAUGUUAAGAUCCUCGAUAUUGCCUGCAGCAGUUCCACGUUACAUGUGUCCUUUGGAUCAAAAGCAAUGGAAAAUCUUGAGGUGCUGACGGCUCGUUGCUCUAGUGGGUCCACACUGCAGUUCUCUGGGCUAAAGGAUCUCGCUAUACGCAGACUCAAGGAAGUUCGGCUUGUGGGUUUCCAUGAUGACAACAUACUUGAGAUAAGGACUCAACUCGGGGAGCAUCCAAACAAACCUUUGGCGGUGAAGGAACAAGUUUCCUCGCGUCGUCCUCAUCGAUAUUCAACUUGA